ACACGGUCGGUGAGUAUAUCCGGGUCAGAGUGGGUACGUCAUUUCUCUUAGAGUGUGGCCUUUGGUAUGUCUCUUAUUUCUAAAAAGAAGAUUCGUGUUUCUGUGUUUUCUAUUCAGCCGGUCAUCAGUCAUGAUCAGGUCAGUGCUGCUGCGCAGGUUAACCUCCCACAUCCUGUCCUGUACUAGAGGAUCGUGUCUACUUACAGGUCGGAUACCCGAUGGUGUGCACACUCAUUCACCAGGUCACACACCCAUCCAGCAGAGCUUCCAUGGACCCCUUAUACCUAAAACCACAGCCCUGGUCAGGUACUCUGACUUGUCCACACAGAAGUACACCAUGAUUUACACCCUACCACACAUUAAGCUCCUCAGAGCGUUGUCCAGGCUCAAACUGCUCCAAAGUGCAAUCACCGUGGUCAUCUUGCCCCCAGUGUACCUCCUCUACUUCCAAGGAGACAUCCCCUUCUUUCUUGUCAGCUACACAACUGGGAUAGCGCUGUUCGCUGGUGUCAUGCUUUACACUGCCAGUCACUUCUUCAGGAGGGUUGUGGGGAUGAUGUACCUGGACCCAUCCCAGACCACGCUCAAAGUGUCCCACCUCACUUUCUGGGGCAGGCGCCAUGACAUCUACAUGCCUGUGUCAGAUGUUAUGACCAUUGGGGAUACAGGAGACUCUGUAAACGAGACCAUAUUGAAACUAAAGAGAUACAGCUGUCCAGAGACGUUGUAUUUCUCCAUUAAUUUUGGACGCGUGGUGGACAAACAGGGUUUUGAGAAGGUGUUUGGAACAUAAAUAUAGUAGUUUUGUUUGUUCAAAAUGUAUACGUAUUGGGACCGUCAUUGUGAAUUCUUCUAAUUCUUAUGUUCAAAAAACAACUUGUUAUCAUGAGAAGAUUUUGUUCUCUGUGAAAAAUAAGAUUAGGCCUUACAGUGGAAGACUGUCUCUGAUAUAAUCUGUGACUGAAAUAGGUUUGCUGUUAUCGGGCUGAUGUGUCCACCGUGAAUAACGAGCUAAUUAUUUGUUUCGGUGAAGCUUGGGAUUGAAAAGUAGGGAUGUAUAUUAGCCGGCCCUUUACAGGACUCUGGCCUUCAGAGUGGAACAACGUGCUAAGUGACCAUUGUUGGCAGUAAUAAUAUGUUAAGAGCACUCAGGUUACGUCUGUCUGGUAACUAGUGUUGUAAUGUGUGAAGCAGAAAAAAAUGGAAUAAAAUCAAAGUCUUCUCGGUA